UCACCCCCCACAGCACGGUCAGGGAAGCUCAGGUCCCUGUCUUUUCUCUGUCCGGCCGGCGCCACCUCUGCAGCAGUGUGAAUUCAUGAUCACAUGACCGUGGAUAUGGACGCAGUCCUGUCCGACUUUGUCCGCUCCACUGGGGCAGAACCGGGUCUGGCCAGAGACCUGCUGGAAGGGAAAAACUGGGAUCUCACAGCUGCUCUGAGCGACUUCGAGCAGCUGCGGCAGGUGCAUGCUGGGAACCUGUCGUACCCUUUCGGAGAUGAGAGGGACUUCCACCCCCCCGAGAAGGAGGUGGGCAAAGUGGGGCGACCCCUUCUGCACCGGCAGGAUGAUGUGAUCCAAGAAAAGCGCCUUUCCCGAGGCAUCUCCCACGCCAGCUCCUCCAUCGUGUCCUUGGCCCGCUCUCACGUCUCCAGCAUAGGGGGCAGCAGCGAGCCGCUGCUGGACACUCCGCUCUGCACCUUCCAGCUGCCCGACCUCACCGUCUAUCGCGACGACUUCCGCAGCUUCAUCGAGAGGGACCUCAUCGAGCAGUCCAUGAUGGUGGCCCUGGAGCAUGCAGGCCGUCUGAACUGGUGGACGCGGGUGGGAGCCAGCUGUCAGAGCCUGUUGCCCUUGGCGACGAGCGGGGAUGGAAACUGCCUGCUGCACGCGGCCUCUCUGGGAAUGUGGGGUUUUCAUGACCGGGACUUAAUGCUUCGCAAGUCCCUGUACGCCCUCAUGGACCACGGGCAGGAACGGGAAGCUCUGCGGCGGCGCUGGAGGUGGCAGCAGACCCAGCAGAAUAAAGAGUCGGGUCUGGUCUACACAGAGGACGAAUGGCAGAAGGAGUGGAACGAACUGCUAAAGCUGGCAUCCAGCGAGCCCAGGAUACACUACAGCACCAACAGCAGCAACGGCGGCACCGGGCUGGAGACGGCGGAGGAGCCCGUGUACGAGAGCCUGGAGGAGUUUCACGUCUUCGUGCUGGCUCACGUGCUGCGCAGGGCCAUCGUGGUGGUGGCCGACACCAUGCUGAGGGACUCCGGGGGGGAGGCCUUCGCACCCAUCCCAUUCGGGGGCAUCUACCUGCCCCUUGAAGUGCCCGCCAUCAAGUGCCAUCGCUCCCCGCUAGUGCUGGCCUACGACCAGGCUCACUUCUCCGCGCUGGUGUCCAUGGAGCAGCAGGACAGCACCAAAGACCAAGCUGUGAUCCCCUUGACUGACUCGGAGCACAAGAUGCUGCCCAUCCAUUUCGCCGUGGACCCAGGGAGAGACUGGGAGUGGGGCAAGGAUGACACUGACAACGUGAAACUAGCCAGCGUCACGCUCUCUCUGGAGGCGAAGCUCUACCUGCUGCACAGCUACAUGACCGUCACCUGGCUGCCGCUUCCAUGUGACACGCAGGCACCCUUGGCACAGCCGGAGUCCCCCUCGGCCUCCACAGGAGAAGACGCCCGCACACCCCCAGACUCGGGAGAGUCCGACAAGGAGUCCGUCUGCAGCAGCUCCAACGGGGUGGGCACCGGGGCUGGGGCUGGGGGGGGCAGCGGAAGUGCGGCUUCGAAGACAGGCGGGGGCUCGUCCAGUUCGUCCAGCUCCUCCUCAAGCUCGUCCAGCUCGGGGGGGACAGGCACAAGCGGUAAGGAGAAGGACAAAGAGAAGGGCAGCAAGGACAAGGACAAAGAGAAGGACAAGAAGCGGGCCGACUCCGUGGCCAAUAAGCUGGGCAGCUUCGGCAAGAGCCUGGGCAGCAAGCUGAAGAGGAAUGUGGGCGGGCUCAUGACCAGCAAGGUGGGUGGAGCAGGGGGUGGAGGCAAGCAAGGAGGGGAGGGCCAGGAGAAGAAAAAGAAGGGCUCCUUAAAGGUACGCAAGGGCAGCAAGGAUGGUUCGCCACUCGGCCCACCAGGGAGCGGGGAUUCUGGCAAGGGUUCCCCAUCUUCGGGCAGCGAGCGGCAGAAUGGCGGCGGCACGGUGGAGCCCUACAAGUAUGGCACGGACGUGAAGCUGAGUCUGAGCAUCCUGCGGGCCGCCAUGCAGGGCGAGAGGAAGUUCAUCUUCGCCGCCAUGCUCACUACCAGCAACCGGCAGCCCUUCCAGGAGGAGAUGAUCCAACGCUACCUGGUUGACGCCGAGGAGCGGUUCCGCACUGAGCAGGAACAGCGGCGGGAGGCGGAGCGCAAGGCCAGCAUGGGGCAGCCGCCGUCCAACGGGACGCCCGUUAAGAAAGAAGCGCCAGACCUGGGCUACCGCGGGUACGAGCCCAAAGAGGACCCAACCGAUACGCUGCUGACUCCCUCCUUCACCCACUUGAAGCCGUCAGCCUUUCCUCCCUCCCCCUUCACAAUCCCCCGGCCCUCGCUUAUUGAACCCGCUCCCGGCUUGCUGACAUCGCAUCUACAGCCGCCCACCUACCUGGAGUCUCGGCGGCAGCUGGCCGGCGGUUCCCCAGCAUCCUAUCCCGGCCUGCCGUCGUACGCCACCCUCCCCCGACACUGCCCCCUGUCACAGGACCCGUCCAGCGCCUUGCCCCCCAUAGCCAGCCAAUCCCACAGUGGCCGGAGCUUCUCCCCCUACCCGUCCGAGCGGGACACCCUCGACUUCCUGGCGGAGCCCACGUGUGACACCGGGGGGCUGGUCUACGGGGGCGGGUUCCGGGACGCUCGGUCAGGUUCGGAUGGCCGGUGUGUGCCCCCACCCGUGCGCCACUACUCCCUGGGCAGUGCGGGCGGCCUGGCCAGCUUACAGCCCACUAAGUGCAAAACUCCCAGCUGUAACUUCUACGGGCACCCGGAGACGAGCCACUACUGCUCUUACUGCUACCGGGAGGAGCUGAAGAGGCGAGAGGCAGAAAUCCACCGCUUCUGAGCAGACUUGACACUCCCUGCGUCGGCUCCUCCUCCUCCCCAUCUGGAGCUCUUUUUGCUUUUUAUCUACCCAGGAUCCUUCUGUGCAGCCUCUUAAGAGAAUGCAAUAAUGAUGUAAUAAAUCCCUCCAUUCUUAUUGAGUGGAAUUUCGGGCCAGCCGCAGCUGGAAGAUGCUAUCCCUCUUGCUGCACACCUACCGUCUGAUUUUUGCAUCUGAUGGCUUCUCAGGGUGUGACCCUGGGCCCUGUCCUACCUGCACUCCUGUACAAUGGCUCAAGUCUACUUUAAGAUGAGUCUAUUCAAAGUCAGCUGCUUACCUGUGCCCUGCACAGUUCUUAACUAAGCCAGCUUCUGACAUUUCACCCGCAAGCUUCUCUGUGUGUGUGUGUGUGUGUGUGUGUGUGUGUGUGUGUGUGUGUGUGUGUGUGUGCGCGCGCACGCGUGUCUGUAUCUGUAUUUCUUGUUUCUCCCACACAACCAAAUGGCAACCAUGUAGGCUUUUCCAACACGUCUCGUGGGCUCCACCUAGUGGAGAGGAAAAAAAAGAAAACGAUCAGCGUACCCACACCCAAACCAAAAUGGCAGACUUCAUUUCCUUCCCAAAUUCAUCAGUGUAUCAUCUUUUUCCAUGUGAUACCAUUACAGUGGUCGAGAUGGGCUAGCGUUCAUACAGAUUUCAUUUCAUUUUGAUACCUGACGUUGGAAAGGUAUAUCUUGAGGUCUUUAUAAAGAUUUCCUGAUAAAUAUGCAAAUGAAAUAUGCCCAAUAAUUCAAUCUAAGGCCACUCAGGUGCUUCGGUUUAACCAGGCACGGUUUCCCAGUGUGCUGCUAUUACCUUUGAACACAUUUCUUCCUAAGCAGGACGCACUUUUGAUGACAGGGUUUCCCCAGCCUCCCAGUUCAGACAUAUCUGCUGACCUGCAGCCCCCGUCCACAUGCUGAGACCCUUCAUUUCAGGCACUGCUGUCACCUUCAGUCUUGGUCAUUCACUCAGUUGUCGGUCCUGGUCCUGAUUUGCCAAAAGUGUAUUUUUAUUUCCCAAACUAAUCUGUUUCUAUAUUUUAUACCUGCAUUUAUUACUUUUCAAUUUUUUGCAUCUAAACAAAUGAAUAGCAUGGUUUGUGCAGGCUCCAGGAAUUUAGAACUUGAAUUUGCACAAUGUUGUUACUUUGUACUGUUGGUGGGCAAUGCAGUGAGGUGUGUUCAUCUGUCUGGGGUUUUGCUUUUCUUUAGUACUUGGGGUACAACUGUGGCUUUUGUUGAAGACCUGCAUGGGAAAGACAAGUGUUUUUUUCAGAAAAGUCCAGCUCUUUGCUGGAGAUUUGCUACUUUUUAAAUUGUGGAGAGGCUUGUACUUUUUUUUUUUUUUUUUUUUUCGGUUUGUCCUGUAAAUUGUUUUUGUUAAAACACGUCUCGAACAAACUUUUGCUUUGAACUUGAGAAUACUGAAUGAAUCUUAGAAUGCGACACGGUUCCCGGCAUUGUAACUUGACAUUUCUAAUGACGUUUGUAGAAACGUCUGUCCAGACCAACAUGGCGAGGUUUGCAGUCACUUUUUCCGUAUGCGUUAUACUGACAACAGUCAUGUACAACAUCUCUUCUGUAUUCUGCAUAUAGACUUAAUGUAGAUAUGAUGGUUCCAGUCCAGACACUAAUUCUAAGCAGAUUUAAGCAGUUUUUCAUGGACUGUGUGACAAGUGUCGUUUGUCAUACCUGUACAUGCUGGUCACUGCACAACUGGGUCAAAUUCCUGGCAAAGCAACAGGUGUCAGGUUUACUUAAUAGGUCAGCAGCCUCAUGGUUAUGUAAUCCCAAUCCCUAUUGGAUGCCAGUGAUGUAAUCUGUGGCUCUGUGUUUACAGCACCACUGUGCUGGAGAGUCAUAGUAUUUCAGUGCAGUGCAGCAAUGGUUGAGGGGGCGGUCAAAUUAGGGGGAAAGGGCAGAUUUGUUUGCGGGAUGUAUUUAAAGUAUAGUAUGGAACUUGACCUAGAAUCUGCAUCUGCACUUCCAUGAAUGACCACUGGGAGACGCUUGCCAGUCCCCCUCCCCCGCCCUCCUUGAAUCCGCUUGCUGUACCCUGAUGGCUCUGAGGAGUUUUCUGUCCAGACUGAUGUUUCAUUGCCUGUCAUCCAGAGGACAUGCAGUACAUGGUAGACGGUUCUCGGUUAAGUAUAGUCAGUUAGACACAUGUUUUAGGAACAGAUGUACAGGCGUGGUGCAGGCAGAGAGGCUCAUGUUCACUGUAUUGUGUGUGUGUGUGUGUGUGUGCGCACGCGCGCUUGAGAUGUCCAUUUAGAAGCUGAGAAGUGAGCUUCACAUCUGUGGGACUUACUCCUGCUCCCAGAUCCCGAUUUUUAUUUUUCCCUUUUACCUUUGAAGCCAGUUAAAGAGCAGAAGACUGAGGCCUGGAUGUUUUUAUAAUCUGGGGAAACAAGUGGAGUGUUCUGAUUGGCCCAGUUUUACAUGGGGGAGUUGUGAAUUCGGCUACUGUUGAAUCUGUUAUUAAAGUGCUUAAAGGGCCUUGGGGAACGGGGGAGGGUUGGCAUAGAAACCCAAAGAAAACUUUUAUUGCAAAUCAAGUGACUUAAGGUGUAGUGUGGUUGAAAGAUUAUAUUUUCUUAAAGCGAAAUAUGUAAUGCUGUUGAACGAGUGUGGAUAUUUUCUGGUACAUCAAAAUAUGCAUAUUGUGAACUACAUAUUGGAAAUUACUGAAUAAUGUGGGUACUAGCAGAUCCUUCUGUACAAAAAAAAAGGUUUAAAUUGUCCAAAAUUCAAGUGACAGCAAAGAUCAUAUUAGAAUAAGUGAAAGUGUGACACACCAAUGCUGCCAGCAUAGAUUUCUAUGGUAAAUUAAGCACAAAAUUUGGUUCUAUUUAAAUAUGCAGUUCAUUACUUUGUUCAAUAGAUGGCAGUUUUGCAUGGUUGUAAUAGUGUGAUUAGCGCUAACCAGACGUCCUGAGGAAUUCUGUACAUUGCUGUGUUUUUACUUUUUAAAAUUUUUAUUCUGUUGAUAAAGUCCAUUUGGGAUAUUAACCCCCCAGUCAUGCAAGAAAGAAUAUAAGAAAUGAUUAAUUAUGUGAUAAUUUAUAAUAAACGUGCCCCUUAAAAUGCAAUUAUUCCAGUUUUCCUCAGAAUUGUAAGAUGACUUUUAAAAAAAAGUAACCCAACUGUAAUUCCGAGAGUGUUUUGUGUGUGUGUGUGAGUGUUUGAGUCAGAUGUGCAACAUCUAUUCAGUGCAGAAAUGUUAUGAGGGUUUUGGAGACGUGAGUGUUCCAGGCAGCGGAAGCACAAGGGCUCAGUGUGUGACUUAAGUUAUUAAAAAUGUAUUUUAUUCUUGUACAUUUUGUUGUUUCUCACUACAUCUAACAGCAGCAACUUCUCUGUUUAUUUAAAGAACCAAGAAAUUGAAAUUCUGUUUCAGUGCUUUGGACAUAAACGAUAUUUCUAACCUUUUUUUGUAAUUUUAAGAGGAGGAGGGAAGCUGUACAAAUCUGUAUCUUCAAGUUAUUUUUUUAAAUGACAAAGUUUUUCAAUGUUUUUAAAGAUCGAAUAGAAUGUAUAUUGUUGGACAUUUAAAAAGGACAAAAAAAUCAGCUUGUGUUUUAAUAGCUUGGACUUGAAGUGAAAGCAAGUAUUUGGGAUGGACUCUGGCUUUUAAAUAAGUCUAACAGAAGACUCUUCAACACAGAUGUUUUCAAUGAACAAACUCCUUUGCUCAUCAAUAAUCUGACAGGCUGAACUGGUAUGAGAGUAUAUAUAUUUAUAGUAAGAUUUUUCCAAAGUUUCAGUUUUAGUUCAUACAAUGUGGGUGUUCUGUCCUGUGCGGCUCAUUGUCAAACUGACCUCUCGUGUCUAUUUUCAUCCCCGUUUAUUUUUCAAACACAUUUUAAAUCCAUUCACCACUUUAAUUGCUAAAUGUGAUGUUAAAACAUGCCAUAUUAGUAGUAAUUAUCAUAGGAAUUAACAAUGGCCAUUCUGAACAGCCAGUGUCGCAAUAUAUAUAUUUUUGGCUGAUAGCCUCAUCAGACUUGAAAAUGCUGAAUUUGAAUAGCAGAUUACAAGACCAUUGAGCCCUUAAUGUUGAUUGUACUAGCAAUAAAGCUUCAAAAUAUCUACCUGUUAGUGUUUAAUAACUUUCCUGUCCUGAUAGAGGUUUGGACUGUGAGACGAUGUUGUCCGAGGGGAGAGAACACCCAGUUUACGUUCUCAAAGUGUUUUGCACCGUUUGAAUAAAUUCUCAUUUUAUUUCA